CUCCGGCUGGCGCCGCCGCCUCGCGUGCUCCUGCUCCGCCACGACCGUCCGGGGGGCUGCUCCUCCCAAGUACCAUGUGUGACGGCGCCCUGCUGCCUCCUCUCGUCCUGCCCUUGCUGCUGCUGCUGGUUUGGGGACUGGACCCGGGCACAGCUGUCGGCGACGCGGCGGCCGACGUGGAGGUGGUACUGCCGCGGCGGGUGCGUCCAGACGACGUGCACCUGCCGCCGCUGCCCGGCGCCCCCGGGCCCCGAAAGCGCCGGCGCCCCCGCGCGCCCCCAGCCGCCUCGCGCGUCCGGCCGGGCGAGCGCGCCUUGCUGCUGCACCUGCCGGCCUUCGGGCGCGACCUGUACCUGCAGCUUCGCCACGACCUGCGGUUCCUGUCCCGCGGCUUCGAGGUGGAGGAGGCGGGAGCGGCCGGGCGCCGCGGACGGCCCGCCGAGCUGUGCUUCUACUCGGGCCGCGUGCUCGGCCACCCCGGUUCCCUCGUCUCGCUCAGCGCCUGCGGCGCCGGCGGCGGCCUGGUUGGCCUCAUCCAGCUUGGGCAGGAGCAGGUGCUCAUCCAGCCCCUCAACAAUUCCCAGGGCCCGCUCAGCACACGGGAGCAUCUGGUCAGGCGCAAAUGGUCCUCGGCACCCAGCCCCUCCACCGAGGCCCAGGGUCCUGGGCAGCUCUGCCAGGUUCUAACAGAAAAGAAGAAACCAAGGAGGGACAGGCCAUCCCAGGACUGGCGGGAGCGGAGGAACGCCAUCCAGCUAACCAGCGAGCACACGGUGGAGACCCUGGUGGUGGCCGAUGCCGACAUGGUGCAGUACCACGGGGCAGAGGCCGCCCAGAGGUUCAUUCUCACCGUCAUGAACAUGGUGUACAAUAUGUUUCAACACCAGAGCCUUGGAAGUAAGGUGAACAUUCAGGUUACCAAGCUCGUCCUGCUACGACAACGGCCUGCCAAAUUGUCCAUUGGGCACCAUGGUGAGAGGUCCCUGGAGAGCUUCUGUCACUGGCAGAAUGAGGAAUAUGGAGGAGCCCGGUACCUCGGCAAUAAUCAGGUUCCAGGAGGGAAGGAUGAUACGCCCCCCGUGGACGCAGCUGUAUUUGUUACCAGGACAGAUUUCUGCGUACACAAAGACGAACCGUGUGACACCGUUGGAAUUGCUUACUUAGGAGGCGUGUGCAGUGCUAAGAGGAAAUGUGUGCUUGCCGAAGACAAUGGUCUCAAUUUGGCCUUUACCAUCGCUCAUGAGCUGGGCCACAACUUGGGGAUGAACCACGAUGAUGACCACUCGUCCUGUGCCGGCAGAUCCCACAUCAUGUCAGGAGAGUGGGUAAAAGGCCGGAACCCCAGCGACCUCUCUUGGUCCUCAUGCAGUCGCGAUGACCUUGAAAACUUCCUCAAGUCAAAAGUCAGCGCAUGUCUGCUGGUCACCGACCCCAGGAGCCGGCAUGCCGUCCGUCUCCCUCACAAGCUGCCAGGGAUGCACUACAGCGCCAACGAGCAGUGCCAGAUCCUGUUUGGCACCAAUGCCACCUUCUGCCGAAACAUGGAGCAGCAUCUGAUGUGUGCUGGACUGUGGUGCCUGGUGGAAGGAGAUACGUCCUGCAAGACCAAGCUGGACCCUCCUCUGGACGGCACCGAGUGUGGGGCAGACAAGUGGUGCCGCGCAGGAGAGUGUGUGAGCAAGACGCCCAUUCCGGAGCACGUGGAUGGAGACUGGAGCCCGUGGGGUGCUUGGAGCAUGUGCAGCCGGACGUGUGGGACAGGAGCCCGCUUCCGGCAGAGGAAGUGUGACAACCCCCCGCCUGGGCCUGGGGGCACGCACUGCCUGGGAGCCAGUGUGGAGCAUGCUGUCUGCGAGAACCUUCCCUGCCCCAAGGGCCUGCCCAGCUUCCGGGACCAGCAGUGCCAGACCCAUGACCGGUUGAGCAGCAAGAAGAAGGGCCUGCUGACAGCAGUGGUGGUUGAUGAUAAACCAUGUGAACUCUACUGCUCACCCCUGGGGAAGGAGUCCCCGCUGCUGGUGGCUGACAGGGUCCUGGAUGGCACACCCUGCGGGCCCUAUGAGACCGACCUCUGUGUGCAUGGCAAGUGCCAGAAAAUUGGCUGUGAUGGCAUUAUCGGGUCUGCGGCCAAGGAAGACCGGUGUGGAGUCUGCAGUGGGGACGGCAAGACAUGCCGAGUGGUGAAGGGUGACUUCAGCCACUCUCGGGGCACAGGUUAUAUUGAAGCUACCAUCAUUCCAGUGGGAGCCCGGAGGAUUCGCGUGGUGGAGGAUAAACCCGCCCACAGUUUUCUGGCUCUGAAAGAUACCAAUAAGAGAUCCAUCAAUAGCGAUUGGAAGAUAGAGCUCCCCGGAGAGUACCAGAUUGCGGGCACAACCGUGCGCUACGUUAGAAGGGGUCUGUGGGAGAAGAUUUCUGCCAAGGGACCAACCAAGAUCCCACUGCAUCUGAUGGUGCUGUUAUUUCAUGACCAAAAUUAUGGAAUCCAUUACGAGUACACCGUUCCUGUCAACUACACCGCAGAAAAUCAGAGUGAACCCGAGAAACCCCAGGACUCUUUGUUCCUCUGGACCCACAGCGGCUGGGAAGGGUGCAGUGUGCAAUGCGGAGGAGGGGAACGCAGAACCAUCGUGUCCUGCACACGGAUUAUUAAUAAGACCACAACUCUGGUGAAUGACAGUGACUGUCCUCAAGCAAGCCGUCCAGAGCCUCAGGUCCGAAGGUGCAACUCACAUCCAUGUCAGUCACGGUGGGUGGCAGGCCCAUGGAGCCCCUGCUCAGCUACCUGUGAGAAGGGCAUCCAGCAUCGUGAGGUGACCUGCGUAUACCAGCUGCAAGACGGCACCCACAUCACCACACGGCCCCUCUACUGCCCAGGCCCCCGGCCGGCACCAGUGCAGAGCUGCGAAGGCCAGGACUGCCUGUCCAUCUGGGAGGCAUCUGAGUGGUCACAGUGCUCGGCCACCUGUGGCAAAGGGACACAGAAACGAACUGUGACAUGCACCAAUUCGCAAGGAAAAUGCGAUGCAUCCACGAGGCCCAAAGCAGAGGAGGCGUGUGAGGACUACUCAGGCUGCUAUGAGUGGAAGACUGGAGACUGGUCCAAGUGCUCCUCAACCUGCGGGAAGGGCCUACAGUCCCGAGUGGUACAAUGUAUGCACAAGGUCACCGGGCGCCAUGGCAACGAGUGCCCCGCCCUCUUGAAGCCAGCCGCCUACAGACAGUGCCACCAGGAGGUCUGCAAUGACAAGAUCAACGUGAACACCAUCACCUCCCCUCGCCUCGCCGCCCUGACCUACAAAUGCACACGGGACCAGUGGACGGUGUACUGCCGGGUCAUCCGAGAAAAAAACCUCUGCCAGGACAUGCGGUGGUACCAGCGCUGCUGCCAGACGUGCAGGGACUUCUACGCAAACAAGAUGCGCCAGCCGCCUCCGCCGUCGCUGAGCUCAUGACACGUGGCCCAGUGGCCCCCCAGCGCAGCAGCGCGUGGCCUGCGUGCUAACGACAUGGCAAGCUGAACGCCCACCUGAGAGCACACCAGUCCUGCCCGGCCGGGCCC